UGCCCGCCAUUAGUCUAUUCUAUAUAUAAAUUGUGAUAAUAUAUAAAUAACCUUAAAAAAUUAAAUACAGAAAAAUAAUUUCUUAAUUAUUUUAGGGCAAUUUCUGAAUUUGUUAUUCAUAUACAUAUAAUAAUUUCUAAUAUAAAUCGAAUUCAUUGAAAUUUUUUAAUAAUGGAUGUUUUAAAAGCAGAAAUAAUGAAAAAAAGAAAACAGUUGGAGGAAAGCAAUGUUUUGCAAAAUAACAAAAAAUAUUUUAGAAGAAGUGAACUAAUGACAAAGGAUCAAAAAAUAAAAGAAAUACAAGAAAAUAAUGAUGAUGAUAUUAAAAUUGAUACAACUCAACAACAAGAAGAUUCUGUAACUGAUGGUAGUUCUGAGCAUUUAACAUUACCUAGGCACGAAGUAAUUAGAAGAUUACGUGAAAGAAGUGAACCUAUAUUAUUAUUUGGAGAAUCAGAAAUAGAAGCCUUUAAACGAUUAAGAAAAUGUGAAAUUCUUGAACCUGAAGUAAAUAAAGGUUUUAGAAAUGAUUUCCAAGAAGCUAUGGAACAAGUAGAUCAAGCAUAUUUGAAUGAAAUAUUAGCUUCUUCUAAACCUCAAGAUCGUGAUGGAAAAGGAGAUGUACAUGUGCCAGACGAAGGAGUUACUUAUGAAGAUUUACAAAAAAUGUCCAUAAAAUUAAAUAAGGGUGACAGAGAUUUUGAUUUAAAUGUCAUUACACAAUUCAUACAAUUCUUAGUACAAAUGUGGGGCAAUCAAUUAAAUAGUAGAAGUACUGCAGAAAAAAUGAGCACUAGAGGAAAAAUGGCUAGUGCUACUUAUGCCCAAACAAGAGAAUAUUUAAAACCUCUUCUUAGAAAAUUAAAAAAUAAAUCCCUUCCGGAAGAUAUUACUGAUAGUUUAACUGAUAUUGUAAAACAUUUACUUGAACGUAAUUAUAUAUUAGCGAGUGAUGCAUAUUUACAAAUGGCAAUAGGAAAUUCUCCAUGGCCUAUUGGAGUAACUAUGGUUGGUAUUCAUGCGCGUACCGGAAGAGAAAAAAUUUUUUCAAAAAAUGUGGCACAUGUAAUGAAUGAUGAAACUCAAAGAAAAUAUAUUCAAGCAUUAAAAAGACUUAUGACCAAGUGUCAAGAAUAUUAUCCUACGGAUCCAUCUCGUUGUGUAGAAUAUUCAAAAACAUAAUAUUUUUAUAUGUAACAUACAAAUUACAUACAAUUACAUUUUGUAUAAUAUAUAAUUGUAAAAUAUUUAACAUAUAAUAUACAUUAUCAAUAUAAUAUUUUAUUUUUUCUAGCAUUAUAAUUAAGUUAUAUAUAAAAAGGAAUAAAAAUUGUAUUUAUUUAAAAUAGCAAAUCAAUUUUAUUUGAAUACUUGUUUUCAUACUAAAUUAGAACUUAUUUGUACUAUUUGUAUUUUUAAAUAAUAAAUUAUCUUAAUAAUAAACAUCUUAAAAUUAAAAAAA